AUGUCACGACAACCCCGCAACGCUGCUCCGGCGCCCGCUGCUUCCAGCACUCGCAUGAACGAAUACUUUGUCCCUCGAGACGGCAUCGAUCGCGAAGUCAUUUCCGCCGACAUCUGCCGCUACCUGGGCAACGAUGCCCUGGUGCGGCCUGGCUACUAUGAGACCGUCCAAGGCUACUACAUCACAGCCUACCGGAACCUGACGACCGCAAUGAUCGAAGACCUCAAAGCAGACUCUGCACGCUGGGACAGCGAACGCCGCGCCCAAACUUCACGCAAUACCCCUGGAGUGCAAUAUCGAUACUCCGAGACGCACCAGUCGCGUCAGCACCAUGGUCCUACCGAGCACCCUCCCUUCCAACAGCAACAGCAGCAGCCGCCCCAGGACCAUUUCAAUUCCCGUGAAUCCUUUGAUACCGCGAGAUACCCAGGAUCUGGUGCUCCAGGCUACACCGGUGCCACGGGAAACUUUCCCCAGCAGCAAACGUAUGCUCCCGCUACCGCUGCUCCCAGCUAUGGCAACUACCAGCAAGGACCCCCCGCCGCGAAUCCCGAUCCCAGGUAUUCCAGCCCUGUCAACCAGCCCGGCUUGAUGAACUCAGGAUUCCCACCGCCCCAAGAGGUUCCCUAUGUGAAUACCGGUGCCAACAUGGCCCCCCGCUACCCUCCCAACGAUGGUUUCUCUGGACCGCGAGGGGCCUCCUCCGGACCCGGACCCCAACAGAGCAUGUAUUCCACUUCGGGUCCUCCCCAGCAAGGCUAUUCUCAACCCCAGGGCGGUCCCGGAUACCAAUAUUCGAACCAGAUGCCUCAUCCGGGAAGUGGCCAGCAGUAUUCUUCCUCGGUCCAGCCGCAAGAUCCCUUCUACGGCAGAGCCUCGCCCGCAGGCCCUCCACAACCCUAUGGAGCCCAAGGAGUGCCGCCGCCGCAACAACAGCAACAGCAGUAUGAUGAACCCCCUCUCCCUCGAGGCUCUGCGCCCCCUUCCAGCCCCAAACCACCCUCAGGUGCAAACAAGCGUCGUAGUGACCAGGACAGCGACAGGAGCUCCGUUGAGAGACACCACCGACCGCCCCCUCCCCGCCGCUAG